AUGUUGGACGAGCGAUCGGAAGUCGAUACCCUGCGUGAAAUUUAUUACCUAACCGAUGGUGACGUUGGAAACUGGCGGAAGCUGCUGGCAUUGGGCGAUUGUCUGGACCAGCAGCUUAAGCGGAAACUGCUUUGGGUGUGGCCUACAUCAUCGAACUUGGACAUUUUCAAUCAGGUCCUGACCACCAGCGGUAUCCAGUGCAUCCUUAGCGUGGGCUGCGGCAGUGGUCUACUGGAAUGGCUAAUUUCCACGGUAGGCGGUCGGAAGGUCUCGAUAUUUGGCCUCGAAGUCGAUCGCAAUUGGUGGCACAGCAAGUACUCCGUGCGAAGCUUCAUACCAUUAAACUUUUUUGAGGAUGCGAAUAAUGUAAGCCAAGAUUUUCUGAAGGCCUGCUGUAAAGGUUUCUCGCCUUGUGCCUUGUUGUUUUGUUACUUCAACAACCGCGGUGCUUUUUUGGAAUAUCUACGAGUAUUUCAAGGCAAGUGGCUAAUAUUGAUUGGACCACAGCCCAGCCUCGGGAUACAUACAGACCCGAAUCCUCUCCAGCCGCAAUUUCCCAACGAGGAGUGGAUUUUAAGGGAACGCCUCAAUUGGACUGAUCGAAAUGUAGUAGCGUUUUACCAAAAAAUAGUUUAGGGUAGCGUUUAGUAUCUAUAAUUGUAGCAAUAAACUCUUGUCUUAAUUCCUA